UUAAUUCUUGAAACAGUCUUAUCCUCGUGCGAGAAUAAUGGCAUCGAUUUACUUCCAGGUGGUAAACUGUCUGAUCUGGAGUAUGCAGAUGACGAUUUGAAUUUGGAAAGCAACCAAGCCCUGGAUUAUGAGAAUUUGAAAGCUGCGUUGGUGGCAGAGUUUUCAAAGGAGGGUGACCGCCAGAAGGCAAUGAACCGGUUUUACGCUGCGGAGUACAACGGGAAUGAGGACCCGUUGGUACACUACCAAUACGUAAAGCGACAAAUUUCUCUGGGCCUGCCGGAGGCAAACAAUAAAACACGGGAGAGGCUGACCAAAGACCGGUUCAUACAAAGCAUUCCGGCACAGAUGACUGGCAAACUGAGGCCUGCGGUGGCGUGUGGGGUGAAUGAUGCAGACCGCUUAAUUUCGAUUGCACAAGCCUGUCAACCAGAUGACGUGGUUACUCGGGUGGAUCCUGGCGAAAGUGAAGAUAAGAUUGAACAAACAUUUGAAGAAAUUAGAAGACUGAAGGAGGAACUCAAAGAAGGGGCGAGUGUGAUGGAAAGUGGUACAAAGAGAGCACUGGUUAGCGAACGAAUCAAGAAUAGGGCCCAUCCAACCAGAUCGCAGACUUUGUGGCUGGAAGUACUUUGCGAGACAGUGUCGUCUACCAUUCGAAACGAACGAAUCGACAAUUACAGCCCGACGGACAAUCCGCAUCUAGCCAGAACGAUAUCCACCGAAUACCACAACGUCGGAGCUGUCGAUCGGUCAAAUCAGUCGGAACGGCACGCGGAAGAAAAGGCAACGUAA